CGAUCAUGUGCAAUUCGGCCUUUAUCACCAGUCAGCCCAUUAGUUCACAACCUUCCGGAUCACGAUUAGCCGUCGCUGAGUUUCUCACGGUGAACCACAACGUUAUGGAAUUGGAAUUAAUGGAAAAGAUAAAUGAAUUGACAGAAAUAUGUAAGGAGGUGGUUGUAAAAAUAGCAAAGGGUCCCAGAAAUAUGCGUCGGGGUGUUUUAAUGUCACUUCUGCAAGAGAGUGCGAAAUCCAUCCCCAUGUGGGUGGGGAGUGUUAAUGAAACUCCUCCUCCUCUCUGUGGGGCCAUCGGCGCCGGUAACAAUCUGGACACAAAUUUAGUCGCUCCUGGUGAUUACGUCGCUGCACUCGUGCCUGAUCUGGAGUGUCCCGAUGCAGAGUUCACGCCCAACGAAAGCUGGAUUCUUGCAGAAGUCAUUUCAUUUAACCGCGAAAAGCGCCAAUUCCAGGUUGAAGACGUAGAUGCAGAAGAAGGAAAAGUGCGCUAUACUCUAGAUCGUUCGAAAGUAAUAUUACUGCCGAAGUGGAAAGCUAAUCCUGUACUUAAUCCCGAUGCCAUUUUCCACAAAGGAACGCUGGUUCUCGCACUCUACCCCCAAACAACAUGUUUUUAUCGGGCCGUUGUGGAUACUUAUCCGGCUCACGCACACGAUGAAUAUUCCCUCUACUUUGAGGAUCCCAGCUAUCCAGAUGGGUAUGCUCCUUCCAUUCGCAUUCCACAACGCUACGUGAUCCUCUGUCCCGAAACUGAUCGCAGAACCGCACGACAUAGUCGAAAUCGAUUAUCAUACAAAAAAUCUUAG